AUACUAGUUUCAGAUCGGUCUCAUAAUCCGUGUGUGACUUUUUACGUUUAUUUUUUUAAUUUCUGAGCUAAAUUAUAAAAUGUAUACUGUCUCAAAAGGGCCUAAUAACAAGAUUUUCGCAAAAACUCGAAGGGGCAUAUCUCAGAACUUAGAAAGACUGGAUAGUCGAAAGGAUCAAAGCAGAAAGUCUUCGGAAUCAGACAAUGGAGAAGUUAUCAAUAUGCCCAAACCAGUAUUUCAUUCCAAUGGCAAAAAGACAGUCCACCAGAGAAUACAGCACCAUGUGAUAACUCCACAACACGAGGAAAUUAUUAGGUAUAUAAGUGAAACGUGGACACAAACAGCAUAUGGUGACAGUGAGCCGUCAACACCUACAAGUACAAAUGGUUCAGGCAGUUCGUCCCCCGCGCCGCCCUCUAACCUCUACUACCAAGACGAAGCGCCAAGCCCGGUCCUUCGGGACUUCAAACCCUUCGACCUGGAGACGUGGUGGGGCAAACGAUUGUUCCAGAACAUCACCAAUUCCCUCUGAGCCUCCGGACCAUCCCCCGGGAAGGUAGCCCGCGAUAGCGUAAGUCACAAUCAACUGUAGUUUACUAAGUUUUAUACGCGUUUGUAACUAUUUUAAAGUUUGUUAAGGCGGUAGAUAUAUUGAAAUAUUGUUUUUAGCCUAACGCGCAGAUUUUAGGUUCAAUUUUGCGAAUAUAUCACUGUCGUAUAAGCGUAAGGAUAACAUAACUUGAUGAAAGACUAUGCAGCGAAAUCUCAAUGUAUCGCUCUUUUUAAAAUGAAUUAGAUCAAACUUAUGAAUAAGCUUAUAAUUUUAGAACUAAAUAAACACCCUUACUUAAAUUUGAACCUAUUAGCAUACAAACGAUUCCUAUUGGCCCAUUGUUACAAAGAACACGUUGCAACGAAAAGAAUACAUGCUCCGAUACCAAAACAGUGCGCCGGUAGAACCUGCUAAGAAAUAUAUUUUUUAUAGGUUACAUCACAAUUAUAAAUACCUCUUAUAUUUAAACUAGUUUUUUAUUUUUAUUUUCAUAGUUAAUAUUAGCUUUUUAUGUUUUUACCAGCAUUAAUAUUACAAUGAAGUAUUUGUUCACCAUGAACCUUGAUAAACACCAAUUUUCAUACCACCAGAUUUACAAACUAUUUAAUACUGUAAAUAGCAUAUUUUUAAUUGCUUAAAAUAACUGAAACUGGCAUGCAAUAUAAAAAAACGUCACCAUAUUUGUACAGUCAUCAUAAACACGGAAAUUUACAUUUAAAUUAGUACAAUUAAUUUAUCGACAUAUUAAUUAUGUAUAUUAUGUUUCAGAUAAUACCGAACAGUUGUAAAAAUAUUAGUAACCUUCGGUUGAUUGUGGAUCUCAGUAGUUAGUUACGUCAUAUCUUAAGAAAAAAUUUCCAUACGCUCAAAUUCUUUUUGCGAUUAUGAUGUUGGAACCAAUAUUCUUUAAGAGUGUUUUGUUUAUUGAAUGUUAUAGUUUUUGUUGUUAUAUCUUCUUUUUUCGUAGGUGACCAAAGAAUGCAAUGUAGUUACUCAUAUUGUAGUGCAAUAUAAACCAAAAAUUUGCCAAAUUUAUAUGUCAUAAAGUUUCGAAUAAAAUUUGAAAAUAGAAAAUCGCUAUUAUCUUUAAGAAUUAAGUCAAUUGUUUUCUAUAAGACUCCAUCAAUAUGGACGUGUUAUAGGCGGUUGGACGUCCUUUAAAAAUGAUUUAUUAAUUGCAGUAUUUAACUUUCAAAUACUUAAAAAAUAGCCACAAAAUAAAUUAUGUACUAAAAUCAUCUUUCAGGCUUUAAAAACAUCAUUUUUAUUCCCUGUAUAAUAAUGGCCUUUUUAAAUUUGUAAAAAAUAUUUUUACGGUAUAAUUGUAAGGUGAUUUUCACAUACAAGUUUAUUACGACACUGAAUAUUUAGUAUACUAAUGUAUUAAGGAUUUAAUUAUAUUAUUCUUUUUGUAAAAUUGCAGCUUUGUACAUUUUUAACAAAGUAUAUAUUCGUCAAAAUUCAUAAAAAGUGCCUCAACAAUGCGAAUGAUACAAAUUUAGAUUAUCUACCUAAAAAUGGCGUCACUAGCGUUUUGAAUAACUAAUAAAUUUUACAAAAUUGUAAAUACAUUAUUACAAAAAUAUAAUUCAAAAAUAUUAUGAAAAUCGCAAAUUGGUACCUUUAUCCCAUGUAAACCACUAUUCUAAGUUUGACAAACUAAAGGAAAUGAACCUUGUAAAUAUAUACUAGAUAUAAAUUGUUUGCACCAUCUUUUGGUAGAUGAUAUAAGAUCGCAGUUUGUGAUAGGUUACUUACUUACUUUUCAAAACCCCGCUCUACAGCAGCUGCUAUCUACUAUGGCAGCAAAAACGUGAUUGUUAAUUAAUUGUAGAUGCUUUUUUAAUUGGUGUUGUGCAUAUUAUAAAUCAGUGUUGUGAUGUUGAAACAAUUUGAAUUUUUAUAGUUACACAAUGCCUCUAAGAGCAAGCUCUCCUCUCUAUUCCAUAUUAUGAAGUGUCGUUUAACAUAUUUACAAGUAUUAAACAAAUCAGUUGAAUUUUAUAAGUUUAUUGUAACAUCAUCAUAAAUAUGACAGAAUAUAUAAGUCCCAUGAAUUAAAUCCUUAUAAGACUCUAAUAGGAUUUCAUUUAUAACUUUCAUUUUAAAUUACAUACGAUCUAAGCUAGAUCUUCAAAGCCAACAAAACUUGUAUCUAUUUGUUCGUUAAAUUUUUAAAUCUGCCUAUUGUCAAAAAAUCUUAAUAAAUGAAAAAGAGAGACUGCUUCCAGUCUUAUCGAUAUCUCGGCCCCAUUGGUCGAUAAAAAGAUAUCGUUUAUUGCGUUAGGAGUCGCCUCGUUAUAGUUAAAUGAAAAAUAGUACAACGGGGGAUUCUUCGUGAAACAAUCUCUUUCUAUCAAGCUCAGGCUGGAAGGAAACCUAAAAUGGAUGGAGUGUCCCCUUAGUACAGUUGAAAUAUUUCAAACUGUAUGUUCAAGCAGACACAUUACAUAUGUAUAGUACGAAGUUGGUACGAAUAUUUUGGUUCGCCAUUAACAUUUUUAACAGGCAGUUGGUUUUUUUUCCUCCAAACGGUAGAUCAUGUAAAGGUCGAUUUUUAAACCACAUUGUCAAAGUCAAGCUGAUUUUCUAAGAAAAUAUAAUCACAUGUAUGUAUGUAUAGUUACCGUUUUAGAACUGUUUGUUGAAGCAUAAAAAGCGCCGUUGUACUUGUAUGUUGCACUUAUAGCUUCAUUCUGGAGCUGAAUAAUGUCUUCCAGAAAAUUAUAUAAGUAAUCUUUAGAAUAUUGGUUUUUUUGUUCUUUUUUUUUACAUGACAACUAACGGUAUAUUGCGUCGCCGCUAUUUCCCCUGAGGCUACUGUAAGUGAUAUUUUAACAUUUCUAUCAAAACAGCAAUAGAAUGAUGUUUAUGUACAUAUUUUUUGUUUUCAUAGAUUAUUUUAUAUUUUCAGAUAUUCUGAUUUUAUAUUAUAUUUUCGUCUUUGGACGUUUGUUGGAAUAACAAUCAUUUACAGUAGUGUCUUACGUAAGAAUUUUAUGGUAAAACAUAUUAUUAUUACAUAGUACUGAAUAACUCAGUAAUUGAUCCUUUUGUACACUGCUAAAUCUAAAAAUACAUUGUAUCUGUAAAAGAUUUGCAUAUGUAUUGAAAUAAUACGAGUGUGCAUUCAUUACAAGUGGUUUAAUUUGCAAAGGCAAUAAAUGCACGAAUUUUAGUAUAGUUUUUAUCCUUUUAGAUGAAAUAUUUGAGUCAUAGUAGAUAAAUCGCAGGAGAAUAUUUUUAGACUGAUUUAGUUGUAAAAGUUAUGCUUUGUUGUAGUUGAAUAAAAACCGUCUGACAAUGUU